AUGGCAACAUCAGAUGGGUUUCCAGCCAGCUUCUAUGGUGAACCAGGAGUGUUAGGCAUGUUAUCCAAUGGGAUCAGUGCAUUCCUUGUACUUCUGCAAAACUUCAAUACAGCACACACCGGCAUCGCACCAGUGGGAGUGGAAAACAUCCUUGCUGGUGAGGCUCCUUUUUUUAUUGAUGUUGUAAAGGUUGUUGAAAUUCUUACCUGUAUUAGUCAUUUCUCUUUCAUUUGUGUUUCACAGGUGUUCAUCUUAUCCUGAUUGGUGGCUUUUGCCAGCUGGUGGCAGGCCUGCUCUCCUUUAGAAAAUAUGAUCACCUGAGUGGCACUGCCUUCAUUGGUUAUGCUGCUCUUUGGGGAAGUUAUGGCGCCACAAGAAUCUACUUUGGUGCAUUUCCUGAAACUAAUACAACAGCAUCUUUGAUAAUGAGCAAUGGUUCAGUGCCAGCUUCCUUGAUGAGCAACAUGUCUUUGAAUGCAACCCCAAAGAUCCCUUUUAGCCAUCUAAACCAGUCUAUCGAAGAGUCAGCCAUUGCUGGUCUGGUGCCUUAUAUCCUGUUGUCUUUCCUCCUUGCGUUCUGCUCUGCCACAGUCAACUACAUCAUGCCUUUUGUUUUUGGUGCCAUCACAUUAACUUUAGUUUUUGAAGCAGCCAGUCUGGUAUCCAGCUCCUGGGCUCUAGUGGUCUCUGGAGUUCUGGAGUUGCUCAUUUUGCUUUUUGCCAUCUAUGGUUCAGCUGCUCUGCUUCUCAAGGGUCUAACCCAACGCCUAGUCCUUAAAGGUUUUGGUACCCCCCUCUUUAAUGUCCUCCUGCUGGGGACAACCACCUCAGGAAGUGCUCAGAGCAUUGGCCAAGAGAAGAAGAAAAACACCAAAUACGCAGAGCCCAUUGCUUUAGGUUUCUUCUGUGAUACAGUAGCCCCCUUCAUUUUUGCUUUCUACAACUUUGGCUUCAUGAAGGCCUUUGGCUUAGGGGCUGUAUGGGUCUCAAUCAUCUCAGUUGCACAGCUGUUCUCUAGCUAUUACGCUUAUCUGCGACAGGACUGCUACCAUACCACGAAGUUUGGUCUUCAUGCGACAUACUGGCUGAUCAAAGCCUGGGAUGAGUUUGUGAUAUCUGCUCUGGCUGUGAAAGACAGUGAAGUGGUGCCAGGGAGGGAAACAAUGGUAGGAAAUUGGUUCUUUGUGAUGGCAGGUUUGGUGCUUUGCAUGGGAAGUCUGAACACAGAUGUACUGGAGCUGAUCCACAACCUGCUGUUCGUCUUGGUCACAAUCUCAACAAUACCCCAGAUCCCCCCACAGGGAUACUACAUCUUCUUUGGUGUAGCUUGCUCCCUCUUCACUGCAGUGUCCCUGUAUGGUACCUUCUCACGACUUAUCAACACUAUUGCAGAGAAGUCUCUGAUACCUGUAGGAGCACAGCCCGUCUCAACAGACCAGUUCAGGAUGGCUUUAGGGUGCUGGGGGACCAAAAUGGAUGAACAUGAGGUUCUCCCCCAAAAUGACCAAGUGUCAGACGCCUUGUUCUAUCUUCUUAAUGGGGUUGCAGCUCUUUCGGCUCUUCAUGCAAGUUCAUCAAGUACAAAUUCCACAUUUCUUCAUCUGACCAUCCCCUGGGUGCUCAUCUCUGGAGCCAUCAUUCAGAUAUACGUCAGCCGACUGCAGGUUAAUGGAGGGGACCGCUUCGGGUCAGUCAUCUCAUCCAUCUAUGUGGCAGUAUGGGCAACCUGGACCUGGUUCAGGUUUGCAGGUAUGAUAUAAACAUGCUUAAAUUUGUUCUUUUUCUGUGACUGAAUUACACAAAAAUCUGACCACAAGUUGCUCUUCUCUAGGUGACCUCCUUCAGCUUUCCUCAGAGGCAAACUACGCUUUCACAGCUGGAGCCAUUGCUCUGCUGGUCAUAAAUGCUUUCCUGAUGCUGAUUGGUAAGAUUGAAAACAGAUUAAUGUUCUGACAGAAGAAUUAUUCAACAUCUUUGUUUUGAUCUUAUUCUCAAUAUUUCAUUGUUUGUUUCAGCUGCCUACAGGAACCUGGUCUUGCUGCUUCUGACAACAGUCAUGGAAAUUGUUUUGGUCUGUUUCCUGCUGUCCACUCUGCGGCGACUACCGUAUGAACUAGAAAGUAAGAAAAAAAUGCUCUUCCUGGACCAGCCUUUUUAUCCUAAGUAUUGCCUGAAAUUAUAAUUACACGGAUUAACAUGAAAAAAUAUUCUCCACAGUGGCCAUGCUUGCAGUAUUUUCAAUAGUUUGCAUUUAUGGAGCUCUGGCAUCACAAGUGAACUGCAUCUUCUCACAGAGGCUGCUGCCUAUGGGCCCCCCCUUAAUAAAGGUGAACUUGAGGAGACUUCUUUUUAACUCCUUUGCCAUUCUUCACUAUAAACCUGUGUGUUCUGUUGUCUGAUGGUGUCUAUUAAAUAAAACUGUCCCUUCUUCUGUGGUCUGUCUUAGGAGAGUAAGAAGCAGGAGUCUACUCCUGAUCUCCCCUGCCCUGUGGCUGAGUCACGACUCACCAGCGGUCUUCUCAAGAUCGCUGGCCUUUUGGAGCAGGGAGGAGUAUGUGGUAUUCCCACAGACACUGUGUAUGCUCUGGCUGCCUCCUGUAAGAAUCCUCAAGCUAUUGAGAAGAUCUACAACAUUAAAGUAAGAAUAGCACCUGAUGUAACUGAGAGACAGACUACUGAAUCUUAUUUUUACCAUUUUGCGUCUGUGGUUUGAAAACUAACAACCUGUUAAUUCUUCCAGGACAGACCGGCAGAGAAGCCCAUUUGUAUCUGCAUCUCUGACGUAGAGCAGCUGGUGGCAGCCAAGCCUCCCUUCAGUCCUCUGCUGUGGGAGUUUAUGAGGAAUGUGUAUCCUGGAGGAAUCAGCUGCAUCGUCAGCAAAGGAGACUGGCUCUUCAGACUGGGUAAACUUUUCAUUUCAGUUCAAAUAUAGAGUUACUGAGUUAAGUUGACAACAGUUUAAACUAGUAUAUAUCGAUAUAUCAGAGAUAAGUAACAGUAUCACCUUUUGGUUACUCUUGUGAAGGAGUGGGACCAGCUUAUGACCGUGUCGGGACCAGGGACAGCAUCAUGAUCCGUGUGCCUGACCACACUGUGACUGGCCACCUGUGUGACAUCACUGGACCCCUUGCUAUCACCUCAGCCAAUCCCAGUGGAGAGCCAGACAGCACUCACCACAGCAUGGUCAUCAAGUGAGUUCCUCUAUCUAAUGUUUAAUGUUAUCUAAGUGACCCACAAGAUUGAUUUUUAGGACUACUUGAUCAUCUUUUAGACAGAGUGUAACACUUCAGUAACUGACCCUCUCCUUUCCAUUUGUUAACAGACGACUGGGACACAAGAUCCAAGGGGUUCUGUGUGACGGGGACUCAAAUGAAGUUGUUGCUUCUACAGUGGUCAACUGCCUUAAGAUUGAUGAAGGUAAAUUGCAUCAUUAUGUUCUCUAAACUUGCUCUUUUCUGUGUUUUUUUGUUACUUCUCACUAAAGCUUGUUAUCCUCUUUCUACAGGGACCAUCACCAUAGUAAGAGAGGGCUGCGUCCCUGCAGUGAAAGUUCAACAGAUUUUUGACAGAGUGAAAAGUAAUAUGUUGUAAAUAGAUCAGCGUCUUCAUCACUCUUGUUUUAUUAAACAAACUCAGAGUUACUUUAAGGACUAUAUUAUAAAGCAGUAGGUGAAAGCUAUAGAGUACUGGUGGCUGUAAGU